GCGGUUCGAGCGCUCAGUCCGACCCGGACGUCCGUAGGAGAUGUGUCUGUUGCUUUUUACCUGGCUGCACGUAUGCACGCAAGGACGCACCGGUGUUGCUCGCGCACGUUGUUGCUAUUGUCUUAUCGCAUAAAAUAACAAUCCUUGUUGUUAGAAUAAUCCUACAUAAUCAUCUCGUUGUUCUCGUUAUCCUUCUUUAUUAAUAAACGUGGACACGCAGAAGAAAAGGGACAAAAGUUGUCAUCCCUUAGCGGGACGUUACAACCGACUCGCGUUCCUCUCUCUCUUUCUCUCUCUCUUUCUCUCUCUCUCUCUCUCUCUCUCUUUCGAAGGAUAUAAUAAUAAUAAUUAAAAUAAUAAUCGUAAUAUAUAUAUACAUAAUAUUACUUCCUAUAUAAAGGACUUCAAUUUGUACGAGGGAAGAAGAGAGAGAGAAAAUAAAACUUUAUAUUCGGAGUGUGAUAGGAUAGAACGGACGAGAGAGAAAAGGUGCAUCGAGGGACGAACAGGGUUUAAGAUCUUCGACCACGACGACGUGUGUUCAUCUUUGUUUUUUUAUAAUAUUUAUUAUUUUGUUCCCAUUAUAAAAAAACAGUCAUAGUCGGAAGAACAGUUAUAUUAAAUGGAAGAAACGAGUAUGACAUAAUAAAGGGUCGAAGAAUUGACCACUACAACAGUGUCGUUCGUCGUACGCCGAAAGAAAAGGAAGAACGAUUGACAUUGUCGAGAAUUUUUUUGUUCGUGCGACGACGGACGGUGACGGCGAAGGUGUAAAGGGGUGAAAGAAAGAAAAAAGAAAUAAAUAUUAAAGAUAGAGGAAAAGCUCUAAGAAGGAAAUAGAGAUCUAGAGAUUCGUGGUUCCGGUUAGUUUCUACUGUGUGUCACGUGACCGUAUUAAGGAUAUUUACUGUGCUACGUGUUUUUUUACGACGACCGUGCUUGCUUUCUUCUUCCUCCUCGUCGUCGUCGUUCUACUGAAAAGGAACAAGAAGACUGGCUUUAUUUCUUCGUUUAAGAGACAUCAAGACUACUUCUUUAUUGAAAUCUGCGUUCUACUCGGAAAAUGUAGUGUGCCACGUUGAGCUAGUACGCAAGAACGAAGAAGAGAAGACAAUCGAGUUUAUUUGUACGAGACACACCGGAGUGCAGAAUCGGUGGUGCAUCCUGAACCAGAGAGGGCUGUGAUGAGGGAAGCAGGCUAGAAGAAGGACCCUGUCGCGCAUGCGCCGGUAGGAGCACAAGAAAGAUGCAGCCAUCCUCGAGAGCCUUAUUAAGCCCGGUGCUGCUUCUAAUCUUCGCAGGAAGCAUCGGUGCCUUCAACUCGCGACAAGGAGAAUGUUCAUUUCCACCACGUUGGGAAGGCACCUGGUUUCAAAGCGGGGUGAGGCAAUCGAUUGUAAUAUCCAGGAAUGAGUUAUCCAGUAAAGGCAGGUGUCUCCACAAUGAGGGCGACAAGUUCCUUUUAGUCGACAUGAAAUCCUGCUACCGCUGCGUCGUCAUUCACGAGAAGCACUCCAAUGUUCUCCAAUACAAAGAGACUUACUGCCACACUAGAAACUCCUUGUCGUCUUUAUGCUCGUACAUCACUGGCGAUGCACUCCUGUACUCCAUGUUUCGUGAGGAGGCACUCCCAGUACCGUGUCCCUUUCGAGGACCAAUGACUUUCUCGUAUAAUCGGGGUCAUGGUACUUGCUCCAUUCCGCAGAGCAACGUUGACACGUGCACGGACGAUAGUCGACUCCUUUUCAGGUAUCAAGCUUGUCCGGAUGUCUCCGCCUCUGAAAGUGCUGUGGAAGAGCUCGAGUGUUUGGCCACAUGGAAAGAGGGUAGCAGCCGGUACCUCGUUGGCCGUUUACAUCACAACCACGCGUCGAGCAACGAAGAUCGAUACCGAUGCUUCGUCUACGAGAAGGCCAGUCAGACGGUGCAGGGCAAUCUAAACAGAGGUAGCAUGGGCGGAAUGGGCGGCAUGGGCGGCAUGGAUCACGACGUCGCCCUACCACCGAGAGGACCACCACCGAGUGGACCGGUGCCUGAGGGCGCGGCCGAAAUAUACCGGGUGGCUCAAAGCGGCGACGCUACUUGCAAUGGGCUUUCCAGUGCUACGGAGGGUUCUAGGACGAUGACCUUGAAAAAAGUCUCAUCACCAGGCGAAUGCCGUUUCCCGAACUGGUUGACUGGUCAUAGUAGCGGAGGACUCACAUGGCAUACACUAGAUCUCGGAAGAUCCUAUACCUUUCAUCCUAGAAACGCUUCCCUUCACGUAGCUCGAUCAAACGGUAGUUCCUCCAGAUUCGAUAGUGGCUCUUUGGAUGGACAGUAUAUUCCUGGACAAGAGGAUCAAGACGUUAAAAUUCUCUGCAAUACUAUCAAACAAACUAAUACUGCUCCCGGUAUGAUUAUGACCAUGCUGGUUGCCCACUUCACUGUUGGAUGCCGAAGCGGUUACAUGUGCAUGGCGUUUUACCGAAGAGACGGUCACGUGAUAGAAGUGCAAACAGGAAGUGCCAUCUCAAGACCGGAAGAAGCUUGCAGCUCGCCCCAUUUUCAACACAGUAUACCUUACCUCACGUUAGUUACGAGUUCACCGGAACUACGUCAGUGUCCUUAUCUGGGUAAAUUCACGGUAACCGGAGUUAACCAUAAUCAGAGGAACACUCGCGAAAGUCGGAGGAAUCAACAUCAAGAGUCACUGACAAGCAGACACGAUGGUGAAAAGGUUAGACACGCUCAAGAACGAAUAGUCGAGGAUCGUCGUGGUCGAAGCAAGAUCGAUUUCGAGCUUGAGAAGAGACGAGCGAACAAUGAAUAUCUCGUGCGUGAACGAAUGGGUAGACGAGCUAGAUCGAAUCGUAAUAACAGAAGUCACAGAGAUCAACAGGAGUCGUCAUCUUCCUCGAGAUUAAUUCCGGAACAACAACAAGAGAGCGCAGUUCAUCGGGAACACGGUUCGCAUUUGAAAGCGAAAAAACGAGAAAAAAUAUCGGACGAACUUAAUAAAGACGAAAAUAAUUCUGACGGUUCUAGCAGAACUAAAAGAAAUUCCAAAAUAGUUGAUAACUCCGAAGACUUUACCGGGUUUGCUGAUAUGAAACAAUUCUGGAUGCCGAACAUUGACGACGUGGGAACGUCCGCCAUAUUAGAAGUGGACGACGACGAAUACUUUGGGGAUUACCCUGAUACCAAGAAUGCACCGAAGAAGAGAUCAUCAUCAUCAUCAUCAUCCCAAGACGUUCGAUCUUACAAGAGCAUGUCCUUUACGGAUCUCACGAGGAUGCGACGAGACCUCGAAAAUCUUGUAACCGAAGAGGAAGUUACGAGCGAAACCCGGGAGAAAAGAGAAGAGGUCGAAUCAAAGUGCAACGCUGAGAUCACAACUCUCACCGUUGGAUGUUCAACCGCAGACAGAAUGGAACUUCAAAGAGAUUGCGUGAAUGACAACACAGUUUACGCUUACUCCUGCCAUGGAAGGUGGAUCGACGCAGAGGGUACUCAGUUCGUGAUCGCAACCCCACUUGAGCGCAAAACAACGUGGUCUAACGAUAACAACAGGCCGCAGCCCUACAGGAACACCCAAAGAUUGUGUUUCAUGUACAAAGAGAGCGGUGGGGUUGUUAGUUUGACUUCCAGCCCGGUGGCGUGUCAAAGAGGUAUUCCUCCACCCCCACCGAUGUUGGCCUUCAAUGCGACCAGCACCGGUCAGUGUAUGGAGGAGAACAAGGGGCAGAUGCAUCGAGCGACGUACCUGACGAUACUCCUGCUGACGGGGGUAGUCGUAAUAUUUAGGUGAUUCUAAUCGAAAAGACGAAGACGAAGACGACGAAGACGACGACGAUGGCGACGACGACGACGACGACGAAGACGACGACGACGAAGACGACGACGACGAGCGACUAUUUUCGAAAAAAGCGUUGAACGACCUUCGUGGGAAAAUGUUUUAUCGACGAGGAUGCCGAGCGACGAAGUGAAAAAAAAAAAGGAAAAGAAGACAGAGGAAGAAGAAGAAGAAGAAGAAGAAAGAGAGAGACCGCCUCUGGCACGAAGCAACGGCUACGAUCGUUCGAACGUCGAGGCCAAUGGAAAAAGAUGGAGGAUGGGAGGAGGAGAAUGAAGAAGAAAAGGAGGAAGAGGAAGAAGUACAGGGUGCUGCUCUGCCGUUGGUGAAAGAGGAAGGAGACGUGGGACGGAGAAGAGGAAGAAAGAAUCGAUUCACUGGCUUUGACUGCUUCGGUCGAUAGGUCUUGCCAAGUCUUCUUCUCUCUCUCUCUCUCUCUCUCACUCACUCACUCACUCCCACCCUCUUGCUUUUACUCAUUCUCCGUCGGGAGAAAUUCGUGCUCGUACGAUCAUCGUUUUGGGAGUAAAGGGAAAAGGAGGAGGAGGAGGAGGUGGAGGAGAAGAUAAAGGGGAGAAAAUCAGCUCGACCGCCAGAAGGUACAAACUUCGCACACUAUCGUCGACCGUCGACCCUUUGAGGCGAGCCGGUGAUCUUCGAUCCGUGAACGAAAGGAUAAGGAUGCACCCGGAGAACGUGCGGACUCUUUUUCCUGACUAUGGUCAAACGAACGAACGAACAAACGAACGAACGAUUGACGAGAGAAUAAGAGCAAGAGCAAGGAACAAGAACAAGAACAAGAGCAAGAAUAAGAAUGAAAAAUAAAAAUAAAAAGAGAGCGGACCAUAUAUGUAAAAGUGAAAAAAGAAAAAAAAAGAAACACGUGCUUUCCUUCGUUUCUCGACACUUGUCGCGCAUACGGCCAGUAGCUUUUUUUACCGACACCGUUGUGUACACAUGUAGCUCUCGUAGUAAACGCGCGCGCGUGCUAGAUAAUUCAAAUCCUCGAUGAAGGAACGAACAAACGGCUUAUCGUGAUCGGACCAUAUCAAAGCGAGGCAAGGAUCGGUUGAUCGUUCGUUUCGUUUCGUUUCGUUUCUUUCUUUCUUCCUUUCUUUCUUUCUUUUUUGGCCACGAGGGAUUACGCGAGGAAAGAGAAAAGAAAAGAAAAGAAAAUAAAGAAAAGGGCAAUAAAAGGAGAGAGAGAGAGAGAGAGAGAAAGCGAAAGCGAAUGAGGGACCGAUCGUGAAACGAAAUAUAAGCGCGGUAAUCUCGUUCUAGCUAGUAAGCCAAGCGACGAGGCGGGCUCGUUAUCUUCUAAGGUAGGAACUACGUAGAGACAGAGACAGACAAAGAGAGAGAGAGAGAGAAAGAAAGAGAGAGAGAGAGAGAGAGACUAUCCUUGAUAAAGGUAGAGACGACGCCGGGCAAUUUACUCUGCAAACGUUUCCCUCCUGAAAUCACAGUGCUCGCCCAAACUUCUCCAUCUUUUAUAUAGAAACCCACUUCAGGCGACAUAGGCGUCUUUAAUUUAUAAUUAUAUGUAUAUACAUACAUACAUAUAUGUGUAUAUAUAUCAAAUGAAAAUAUAUAUGUAUAUAUGUAUAUCAGGAAAUAUAUUUAUCCAUCCAUGGGUUGCCUAUAGUAAAAAGGAUGUCAAAAGAAGACCCCGCCAAAACCGAUGGAGAAUCGAGAGAGCAUAUAUCGGCACGAAAUCAAAUUCCGCGACCUUUCGUGUCGUGUGUAUGUUUCUGCGUUAUGUGUGUCCUAUAUAUGUACAUAUAUUGCUGCUGGUGGUGGUGGAAACGAAUUCAAGAGUAAAUCGCCCAACGACGCGAUUGAACGACGAUCGAACGAAUGACGAACGAAACAUAACCGGCGAAUGCUCGUACGCCAAGGAUAAUUUUCAAAUUUAUGCCUGUAUAAAGAGAAUAUUAAAUCAAGGACUAUGGGAGAACAAGUGAUUCAACGCAAUACAACCAACUCGAUUUAUACAUAUAGGAAAAUGACUAUUUUAUGCGACUAACAGAAUGAAAGAGGGGAGUGAAAGGAAGAUAGAAAAAUAGAAAGAGAAAGAGAGGAAGAGUGAGAGUGAGAAAGAGUGAGAGUGCGAGUGAGAGAGAGAGAAUGAGAGAGAGAGAGAGAGAAUGAGAGAGAAGAGAUACGAACGGCUCGAGGGGACAGGGAGAAAGAAAAAGAAAAAGAGACAACAGCGAAAAGUAGAAAAGUACCAAAGUGAUGUGGUAAGGAGGGAAGAAAAUGUGAAAAAUUUUAUACUUCGCUGCACAUUUAAAUAUCGUCGUAUAUAACUGUGAUCGACUAUUUUUUUUUCUUUCCAAUACCAGUUCGCCUAAAAUAAGAAGAGAGAGAGAGAGAGAGAGAGAGAGAGAGAGAGAGAGAGAGAGAGAGAGAGAGAAAUAAAACGAUGUAUAGACAAAGAAUAGAGAAGAAUUUAUUCUUACAUCUCUAAUUCGCGCGUUACGAAUCUCUUCUCAACUCUUUUUCUCUGAUAUCCUUUCGAUUCGACCUCGAUGCGAUGCGAUGCGAUGCGAUCGCGAACCUAUUUCAUUUCUAUGUUUUCUCGUCAAGAGAAAUAUAGGGUCAAAAAUUGAAUGGCCGCGAGGGAAAGUAAAUUUCGCGUUUUCGUUGCAAAAGCACCGAGGUCUCUCCCUUGUAUUUUUGGUUUGUUUUUUAGCGUAAGAAAUAAGCAAUAAAAAAAGGCGCAAUGAUUAAACGAACGAUAAAAAAAAAAUAAAAUAAAAAAAAAAAGAAAGAAAGGAAGAGAAAAAAAAGUAAAACAAAAUAAAAUAAAAAUAAUGAGGUGAUUAGUGGAAAGAAGAAUUAAAAUUGUAUUUACGAGAGCUAACUCGACCGUCAUAGAUAUAUUAAUCGAGAAAGAAAGGGGAGAGAGAGAGAGAGAGAGAGAGAGAGAGAGAGAGAGAGAGGGAGAAAGUGGGAGAGAGGGAAAGAGAGAUGAUUAUAUAUCUAUUGUAUACCGAUUUUCUCUUUGAAUUAGGAUGGAAUCUUUUUCGCAAAAUGAAAAAAGGCUUCGAAGGAGACGGCAACGCUAGAAACGGGGGCGUAUGCGUACGAUAUUAUUGUAACUAAUACAGAGUCUAUAUAUUAUAUUAUUGUACAACCAUCUUUGUAAUAAUUAACCCAAACCGAGUGACGAGAGGAUAAACGAGAAGAGGAGACGUGCAAUGAGAACACUUGACAAUGAAGAGAGGAUAAAAGAAAACGUGAGUUACGUAUGAUGUGUGUAUGUAAUUUUAUGUGAGAAAGAAAAAAAAAAAAAAA